AUCUUUAUAUUAUUAUCCGUUUUUAUUUCAUAUUGAAUAUAUCUUAUAUUAUUACCCGUCAUAAACAUCAAAAUUUCAUAGAUUUUACUGUUUCAAGUACUCUUUAUUUAUUUGUGGUAUAUUAAAUCGAUUGUAUAUUCAUGAUGGAAGGAACAAAUGGAACCCUUCAAGCACCAACUUAUGGAAACCUGGUCACCAUCCUCAGCAUUGAUGGGGGUGGAAUAAGAGGCAUUAUCCCUGGGAUCAUCCUUAGUUUCCUGGAAUCUGAACUUCAGAAACUGGAUGGCGAGGAUGCGAGAAUUGCAGACUAUUUUGACGUGAUUGCAGGAACAAGCACAGGUGGUCUAGUUACUGCCAUGCUUGCUUGCCCAAAUGAGAAGAAUCGUCCAGUAUUUGCUGCAAAGGAUAUCAAGGACUUCUAUCUUAAUGAAUGCCCUAAGAUCUUCCCGCAGCAUAGUUGGAAAUUAUUUCCACAUGUAUCAAGGGUGAUUAGAGCUCUAUCAGGACCAAAAUACAAUGGGAAAUAUUUACAUAACCUCGUUAAGGAAAAACUAGGAAAUACCAAAUUGAACCAGACAUUAACUAAUGUUGUCAUCCCAACAUUUGAUAUCAAAAGACUCCAACCUACUGUCUUUUCCAGCUUUCAGGUUAAGAAAGAUUCAUCCUUAAAUGCUCUACUCUCGGACGUAUGCAUUUCAACCUCAGCUGCACCAACUUAUCUUCCAGCUCAUUAUUUUGAAACCAACGAAGACGAGACUGGAAAAGUGAGAGAAUUCAACCUUAUAGAUGGUGGUGUUGCUGCAAAUAAUCCGACUCUGGUUGCUAUAGGAGAGGUGACAAAGGAAAUCAUCAAAGGAAGCCGAGACUUCUUCCCAAUAAAGCCGAUGGACUAUGGUAGAUUCUUAGUUAUAUCCUUAGGAACUGGAGCAUCAAAAGCCGAAAAGAAAUGCAGAGCUGACGAGGCUGCAAAAUGGGGUGUAUUGGGCUGGUUAACAGCCAAUGGUGCCACACCUUUAGUCGAUGUAUUUACUCAUGCAAGUGCUGACAUGGUGGAUUUGCAUAUUUCUGAGGUUUUUCAAGCCCUUCGAUCUGAAAGUAACUACCUCAGGAUUCAGGACGAAACAUUAAGUAAGAUAGUUUCUUCUGUAGACGUGGCCACAAAAAAGAAUUUGAAUGAUCUUGUGAAAGUUGGUGAAGGGCUAUUAAAAAAACCAGUUUCAAGGGUGAACUUGGAAGGUGGAAUCUUUGCGCCUUGUAACAAGGAGACAAAUGAAGAAGCUCUUAUAAGGUUCGCCAAGUUGCUCUCCGAGGAAAGGCGGCUUCGCCAUAUAAACUCGCCAUACGAAGAAUCAAACUGAUGAUACUAAUUAAUAUAAGGAUUUGGAUUCCUUAGAUGGUGAAUAAUGUGCAGGGAGUUGAAAGUUAAACAUGUUUCAUUCUUUAAUAUUCAGAUUGUGCUUGAAUAAGUUCCCAAAAGUGGGACAGGUGUAAGAUUUCUUCCUUUCUUAAUUGUAACAUUUAAAUUCUUUUGGGUUUGUAAAUCA